UUAAAAGGCUUCAAAAAUGUUGAUUCAAAGGUCUUGAGUGGAGGCUAUAAUGGUUAUGUGAUUGGUGGGGAAGGGGAUGCAAGUGAUAUAUCAGAAAGGGGGGAGUCAGCAACUAAGGUUGUAAUGCCUGAACUGCCAGAUGAAUCAAAUGGUGAAGUUGGUGCCCCAGUUAGUAGCUGUUUUUGGGAAUGGAAGCCCAAAUUCAAUGUACAUUAUGAGAAAGCAGGGUGUGAAAAUGUGAAUUCCGCGCUGGUGCUCUUUCUUCCUGGAUUUGGUGUUGGUUCUUUUCAUUAUGAGAAACAACUGAAGGAUUUAGGACGUGAUUUUAGAGUUUGGGCAAUUGAUUUUCUUGGGCAAGGCAUGUCAUUGCCAUUAGAAGAUACUCCCCGUUCGAGUGAAGGAGAAGAUUAUGCCUGGGGCUUUGGAGAUGAAACUGAACCAUGGGCAAGUGAUCUUGUUUACUCUAUUGAUUUAUGGCGAGAUCAAGUUCAAUAUUUCAUAGAGCAAGUCACUGGCGAACCAGUGUAUAUUGUUGGGAACUCACUAGGGGGAUUUGUGGCUCUAUAUUUUGCAGCACGCAACCCUCAUUUGGUGAAAGGUGUUACAUUGCUUAAUGCAACCCCUUUCUGGGGAUUUCUACCUAGCACCAUAAGAUCUCCUAGACUACCAAAAGUAUUUCCAAGGGCUGGAACAUUUCCUUUGCCUUCCAGUGUGAGAAAGCUCACAGAAUUCAUUUGGCAGAAAAUAAGUGAUCCUACAAGUAUCGCAGAGGUACUGAAGCAAGUUUACGCAGAUCAUUCAACGAAUGUUGACAAAGUAUUUUCUCGUAUACUUGAGACAACACAGCAUCCAGCUGCCGCUGCAUCAUUUGCCUUGAUUAUGUUUGCUCCUCAGGGACAAUUAUCUUUUAGGGACGCUUUAUCUAGAUGUCAAAUGAACAAUGUACCAAUCUGCCUCAUGUAUAGAAAAGAAGACCCCUGGGUGAAACCCGUUUGGGGCGUUCAGGUACCGGAAGCUCCAUAUUAUGAGAUCAGCCCGGCAGGUCACUGCCCUCAUGAUGAAGCCAAAGAGAGAAAUAUUUUUGCAGCAGUUGACGACAUAUAUCUGCAGCUGUCAGCUUGUAUCUGA